AUGAGAAAACCGAGAAAGCAUUGCAAAGGGACUGAGCCUGCUCUUUGGCGAAAUCAACUUAAAGAAAAAGUAGUUGUCGCUAAAUGCCGUGUAAUGGAGAAAAAAUUGCGACAGAGAAGGCCCGAAGAACUGCCGUAUUACCAUAAUGGCGAGACUUCGUCGUUUUCGCGCUUGUUGUCUGCAGCUGGUGUUGGAUCGUUUCUUCUGCGUUCUGCCAGUUACCCUGGGUCUUAUGCACUAUUGGUGAACACAGGAAAGGUGAUUCAAAAGUUUUUGAUUGAAACAACGGAUCAUGGAAGAUAUCGUUUAGCUCCUCGAACAUUUGGCUCAAUUGAUGAGAUCAUUGAAAGAUAUACAGCAAGACCGAUUGCCGACAAUGUUUGCCUGAUUAGAGCCGCUUUGUCAACGAAUUCAAUUGAUGGUUCAUGGCCAAGCUCAACCAACACUUCUUAUCUCUCCAAUGAUACCGCACGGAAUACUGACUAUGAUAGUGGAUACUGUGUGGCGGCUCCUUCAAUAGAUCCGAAUGCAAAUCCGAUGAACAACAGCUCGAAUUUUGGAACCUCACAUAUUAUUGCAUCUGUACAAGCAUUGAGGAAAUCAAGAGAAGAAAAGCAAUGGAAAACCUGUUUUGUCAGUUUAAUGGAAGAUCUAAAUGGUAACACAUCGGAGUUAUGCAUAUCGGACAACGAACAGACACAUCGUCCUCGGAUGUCUUUCUCUAUGGACUCGUGCCACAUGUACAGUAUUCAUCGAUCGGUAUUUGGAAGAGAUGGCUGCAUAUUUAUUGGACAAAACGAUGAAUCGACGUUUUUAUGUUUUCGGCCGGCACACACUUACUUAGCAUGGUUUUCAUUAUUGAGGCCAAGGGUACUUUGGUUGAAGGCGGCUGUCUACAAUAUUGGUAGAUGUAUCGAGGCUUCUCGUGUUUCUGAAAUUGCACUUCUACAUGUUACUAUUGAUAAAUUUGUAUCUGACAGCAUGUUACGGUGUGAUUCGUUGUACUCUGCUUCUUUGAUGUUAGAUGGUGUUCGGGUGUUUUGUUCACGAGCCUUCACGCCUUGUGCUAGUACUCGUAGCCAGCAACCGCUCACGAUUGUUUUUGAUUCAAGUUAUAUGACAUCAUGUGCACCAACGGCGGCGCCUUGUUCUGUGCAGGUCAUGCUUUGCACGGUGGCCAACUCGCAAAACGGAUUCGGAGUGCUGAAACGUGCCCUACCGCGAGCAACAACAGCAAUGUCGCGACAAUUUUUGAUGCAAGGUGACGAGGAUGUUGAGGACAAACCAGAAAAUGGUUUUUGGGUACGAAUACGGAGGAUAACCGUAAAGGUGUUAGCUGCUUCGCAAUACAUGCCGUUGUUGUCUUUGAUUCGUCAAGAUGGCUACCAACUUUAUGAAUGGGUUUGGAAUAGAUUACCAACGGCGCAAAGAUCACAAUUUGUAACUUCACUUUGGAUUAUGUACUUGAGCCGAACAAGAGAGUUGACUAGACCUCCCUGUGGAUCUCUCGAAGAACUUGUGAUCUCUGUUCUGCAAAGAACAAUUGCAUCAUCAGCUUCGACUCCAUUGCGGAGUGACUCUUUUUGUACAGCACUUCUCGGCGCUGGCUUGAGAAUUGCGGCUGGGGCACAACUCGAAGCUCAACUUGACACACCUCCAUUAAGCACAAUCAUUGCCAAGAAGAAUAUACAGCCUGGUGACGUGGAUAUGCUUGUUGAGGCUUUGGUUCGAAUUGCAAGUGAGACAGCGGCAUUUCGCAUUCUUGCUUUGGUCGCCUCAGUUGCUCGAGAUCAGCACCCAGAGGAUCCUUUUCUGACAAUGCGAAUACUUGCUUCAUUCUUUGUUCUACGAUUUGCAAACCCUAUCUUGCUACAAAGUGAAGGAGGUCAAAACACAAAUCAGAUAGCAAAAAUGAUUCAAACGAGUGCAAACAAGGCAUGUUCACCAAAGCUUGAUGAGGAAAACUGCUCGGUGGCUUCGUCUCAAUUCAGAAAGCUCUUCGAAUCACUUUUUAUGGCCGAUGCAGAUUGUCUUGUUGGCGUUGAGACCGAGUGGUCUUGCGACAGUUGUGCAUUAGUUUCCCACCUCAUUGCAAGCGUUUUGCCAACGGAACAAGAGAAUACAGAUACGGAUGAUCCUUGCCCAGUGCCUUUGAGUCCAAACAUACUUCGGAUACUUCGACCGCCUUCUCAUCACCACCACGUC